AUGGGAGGUCUUUGGGAGGCCGCGGUAAAAUCAAUGAAAUUUCAUGCUAAAAGAGUAAUUUCACACGCUCACCUUACAUACGAGGAAUUGUACACGGUAUUUGUGCAGAUAGAAGGUAUCCUCAAUUCAAGACCUAUAACUCCUUUGUCUGAUGACCCUACUGAUCUGUUACCUCUCACACCAAGUCACUUUUUAAUCGGCGAUGUGCUUAAUUCAAUUCCUGAAAUCGACAUACGAAAUGUUCCCGAUAACCGACUAUCGCAUUACCAAAGGACUCAGCAAAUUGUACAACACUUUUGGAAGCGUUGGAGUUGCGAGUACCUGUCAACUUUGCAGCAACGACCAAAGUGGCGGUUUCACAAGUCCAAUGAUUUGCAGAUAGGCGAUUUGGUACUACUAAAGAACGAGAACACUCCACCCAUGCGUUGGCCCUUAGGAAGGAUUACACAACUACACCCUGGCGACGAUGAGGUUGUGCGUGUAGUGAGUGUUCAAACGACAAACGGUGUUGUGAAACGCGCAAUCACAAAAAUCUGUAAACUUCCGCUAGAAGUUACUGAUAAAGGUGCGACAAAUGAACAGACAUGA